GCCGAUCUUUGUUAUAUAACAAACUUUGGCAAGGAAUAUGAAACAUUUCGAGUCGAGGAGCUUACAUAGAUUAGAUGUAAGGCUGUGAAGUGACAGACUAUGUUAUUACACGCGAGGCCGGCAAGUCACACUGGUGAAAGUUUUACAAACAAAUUGACGAGCUGUAAUAUGGCAGUCGAUUGGUCAACGAAGCAAAUCACCACAGUCGAUUCUACACCAAGAAAAUCCGUACAUUUUGCCGAUACUAAAGGACUCGCGUUAGUCUCGACAUUUUUCUUUACUGCGGAAAAGACGUCGCUGGAAACGGUCAGGGAGCGAGAGCAGUUUGGACGAAUAACAACGGCAUUUAGAAAAUUACGACAGGCGAAAGGAGAGCGAGUUAGGUUACUGAAUUAUAAGUCGCCGGUCCCUACUAGAGAAUUUGAAGAGAAUAUACAAAAGAAUAAUGUAUGCUUAGAGAAAACUUAUUGCAACAGAAACGGAGUGUACGGUCGCAUACAAGUCAAGAAUAUCGCAUAUGAGAAAGACGUAACUGUGAGAUCUACUUUCGAUUCGUGGGCGACAUGCAGAGACCAGACAGCGAACUAUAUUCCAGGAGCAAGUGUUGGAGAUUCAGAUACAUUCUUCUUUCACAUUACUCCUCCUGUUAGCGCCGCAGAACAGAGAAUGGAGUUUGCAAUUUGCUACAGAGUAAACGGGAAAACUUUCUGGGAUAAUAACUUUGGUGAUAACUAUAGACUGCUCUAUUUACCAUCAUGAGAAUUAAUUGCAACAUCCCGCAACAGCGGUGUCCUUUAAAGUUCACGCAGUAAUAACAGAGGGGGCAGAGAAUGAAAGGAGUUUCAGACAAUUUACGUCAAUCACAGGGCGAGGUAUCCUAGCUGCUUCCUGGUUCUUGAAGUGAGACGGAAUUAAAUUAUGAAAUUAUUGUAUAUACAGCAAACUAUAUUUAUUAUUUUAGUAUAAUAUUAUUUUAAAGUGUAUAUGUAAUUAUGCUGAUGUGUUGCAGUGUUAUUAAAAUGAGCUUUGUACAGCUUGUACACAAAUAUUGUCAUUAGUUAUGUUAUACAUCAUUAACUGUAUACUGUAUAUAGUUACAUUGGACUUUGAUAACUUGCUUUGAUAAUAGCAUGUACAGCACGUGAAGCGGAAGUGUUGUUCACAUGAUUGGUAUUAAAGCCGGUUUUCCACCAGGCGAAAUUGUUCGCGCGAAGUACUGAACUCUAUUUGAGUUGAAACAUAGUUGGAACACUCAUCAAAUCCUUAUUUUGUUAAUCCAGAAAUGUCCCCCGUAACAAUGUGUGACUGCCAAACAAAAAGAAAGUCGCUUUGCACAAAUUUAGACUCAACACGCAAAAAUCUCACAUCUUGCAACAAGUCUGCCAACAAGCUGUCAACAAGUUGUAUUCGCACUGGUUGUCCCAAGCUGUCAACAAGUUUGGAACAAGCUGUUAACAACUUGUAACAAUCUUGUUGAUAUUAUCAGACUUGUUGCAAGGUUGUUCCAACAAGUCCAAUACAAUCAUGAUAUAACAAUGUUGCUACAACCUUGUGUCGUCAACCUUGUAACAUUCUUGUUAUAUCAUUACUGUAUCAGACUUGUCAGAACAACCUUGUAACAAGUCUGAUAAUGCCAUCAAGCUUGUUACAAGUUAUUAACAGCUUGUUCCAAAUUUGUUACAACAACUGGGAACAAGCAGUGCGAACACAAAUUGUCGACAGCUUGUGAACAGAUUUGUAACAACUUGUUUGCAGGCUUGUGACAACUUGUGCGUUCUUAUGUGUGUAGUGGGAAACAUGGGGAAAAUGUUCUCCUACAGCGCUAAUGGUCAGAUCGAUCAAAUUGCUAUAAAUGGAAUACAAAACUCUAGUCUAUAGAGAAUGGUCUGAUAUAGCCUUAAUUUUAGAGGGCCAAUUCUGAGCGGAAGUUUUAAAUUAAAUUUCCAAAAACCUUUUCCCAGUCAAAGAUCUUUCUUUGAAAGUAGAAACAAAAAUACUGCUUCCACUGGCUUUAUCAUGUAAAUAGGAAUCGCACCUAAAACGUACGUUCCAAAACCAGAGUUAACACGGCCAGUCUUUCACUCCCAAAACUUCUAGCUUUUGCCGAUUGCGUGUAUUUUUCAACCGACUAAGAAUCGUUGUUGAAGUGGAAUUAACGGAAAAUCACGCCCUGGACCUUGUCAACUGCUAUAAGCAAAUAUAUUUAAGUACCAGUAUUUUGGCGGCUAAACUGUUUUCGCGAGUUUUCCGUUGGUGUAUCCGUUACAUUUUUCCGAAAACACUCGACUCCUGUGGCCCUUGCGUGCAACAGUGUCAGUACGAAAUAAACUAGUCCCGAAUAAAAGUUGAAAUUUAAGAUUUGAGAAGAGGAGACAAUGGGUAAUUCCAGCUGUAGACUAAAUUUUGAUCAAUGCAAGAAGAACAAAAUCCAACCACAGUUAGAGAAGAGCGUCUUAGACUAGACACAGCUAGAAAGAAAGUCUUGGAAUGAGUAAAACUGCAAAGAUUGGUUGCUAAAUGUUG